AUGGGCUCAAUCUCCCCAACCUCAGCAAUCCCAACAGUUGAUAUAACCGAUUUCCUCGAGGUCAGCGACCCCAGGCUCCGCAAGCAAAAGGCGGACGAGCUCGUCGAGUCCCUCCGUGUACAUGGUACCUGUGGUGUUGUCGGACAUGGCAUCAGUGUCGAAAAACUCAGAACGGCCUUUGAGUGGUCCCGCAAGUUCUUCGACUUGCCUAUGGAAGAGAAAAUGAAGGCUAAUCACCCUGAUGGUAUUGUGCCACAUCGUGGUUACUCUGGAUUUGGAAGAGAGAAAUGCUUGAUCUAUACGGAGGAGGAGCUGGAGAAAAUGGAGGGUGAAUUAAGUGCCGAGUUCAAGAAGCCUCUUGAUUGGAAGGAACACAUUGAUAUCGGCAGUGAAGAAGAAAAAGUACACCAUAAUCUUUGGAUCGACGAAGACGCCCUCCCCGGUUUCCGUGGUUUCACUACGACCUUCUUCUGGGAACUUGAACAUCUAAGCAGCGAAAUCCUAAACGCUAUAUGUCUCGGCCUAGAUACAGACGAAGAAACAGCCAAAUACCUACGUAGCAUUCACACCGGCCAACAAAACGGGCUCCGACUCAUCCACUACCCAGCUGCCCUCGAAUCCACCAUUGACCGUACAUCGACAACCUGGUGCCCUACCCACACCGACUUCACCACAUUCACGCUCCUCUUUCAAGACGAGAACCAGGGCCUCGAGAUUGAAGAUCGCUUGAACCCAGGCACUUUUGYCCCUGCCACUACCGAGAUCGAGGAGCGGCUAUACCUCACUAUCGGCGAUUUCGGCGAGAUCUGGACCAAUGGAUACCUCCCUGCCUCCAAGCACAGGGUUAUGAUCCCUCAGCCGCCAGAGGGACGCCGAUUGACUUCCAAGCGAUACUCGAUGCCGUACUUCAUUACGCCAGAGCAUCAUGGAAUUAUGCGUCCGAUGGAGACAGGGAAGCCAGGGACUAUGCCUAACGGAAAGUACAAGACUACUACGGUUCAACAGCAUAUUGAGUUCCGGAUGAAGUUUCAAUAUUAG